AUGUCUCACAUAAUCUCCACGAGAAAAUUGUUUCUCAUUGACAUUGAUUUGAAAGCACCGCGUGUUGAAAUACCAGGGCCAGAAGGUCAAUGCCUCGAGAUGAAUUUCGGAAGAUUAGUUGUUAAAUCCCGCCGUGCAAAAGUGACAAGUCUGAGCGAGUUCGAUCAGUCCCGCUACUCGAUUGAUCAAUUGCAGGAAAUGGUCUACGCGAGCUACGAUGUGAAACUUGUUGAUCUCAAAAUUUCGGUUCAAAAGCGUAAAACUCUUGCAGAUCAAGAACUUGCUCCAGUUCGUGAAAUACUGUCGCCUCUUUCCAUCAACUUCGAAUUCCAGCGACUCGACUCCAAAGCGCAGGCGACAGUCGAACUUGCAAAGUUUAAGAUAAAGGGGCAACUUGACAUGCUGAAGUUGAACUUUUCCGAUUACCGAAUGGCACAAGUGUCGAUCAUCUUGAGUAACAUCCGAAGAGCAUGGAGAGCGCACAGGCGAAUGCAAGAAGAUAUAAUAGACUUUGAGCUACCUGAUGCGCCGAUCUACAUUCCGAAUGAAGAAACUCGUCCAGGGGUUGAUGCUAUCGAGAUCGCUGAAUCAUAUAGCAACAUUAAACUGACACCGAUUGCUUCCACUACGAGCAACGAAGAGUUCUUUGAUGCCAAUGACGAGUCAUUUACCACGCUCGAUAGCCUUCCUAUUUCCCACGCCUCGUCGUCACUGGCAGAUUCUGCUGCCAAGUUGAAGCUUUCUUUCGCACUGAAUAUGAUUCGCGUUCAGCUCGAUCGAGAAACGCCUUCGAUUCUUAUCGCAGAUGGGCAGAUUCGAAAAGUUGAAUUUACUCUCAAGCAGACCAAGUUCACAACAGACAUAGAUGGUCAGUUCGAAGCGGUCAACCUUCUCUACAAGCCAGACAGCGAAGAAGAAUCGCUCAAUUUGAUAUCUUUGGGUGCCCCAAAUCAGCCUGCAGUUGAGAUGACCUAUGGCGAGAACCGACUUUUAACGAUUCCCGAGACGGAUGUUCGAUUCGAAGCUGCUAGUGUCAGAGCCAGCAUUGACCCACAAGCGAUAAACGAAGUCUCAGGCUUUAUUACUACAAUUCUAAAUGCGACAAAUGGAACAGACUCGUCAAUUGACACUAGGGGCAACUCGUUGCUUUCUCGCGAGUCAAGCAAUACGCUUACAUCAAUGGAUCUUCCUGAAUUGAAUGAAUCGUCAGAGUCCGUAAUGAACAUCGUCAUUUGUUCAAGGAAAUUUGACAUUGAUCUCUUCUCCAAGCAGAAACUAAUUGCGCAGCUAUAUCUCAAUAAUGGUGAAGUCGGAUUUGUCACGAGAGAGAAUCAGACAGUCGUAAAAGUCAUUGUCGGCGGUGUUAAGGUUGUCGAUCCAAAUGCGCUGAAUCCUCUUUACAGAAAUGUGCUGACAGUUGUCGAUAGUGCGUCGACUUUCUUUGAUAUGACAAUCACCCUCUAUGAUGUCGAUCUUAAAGAAGACGCGAACAACAUUGAAGCAAUUCAAGGUUCCAUAUAUCUGAGAACUGGUUGCAUCAAACUGAUUUUCUUCCAAAAAUGGAUUGACUACUUGGCAUUUUAUUACCCUGACGAGUUUGCAACUGGACCAGUCGACUGGGACUUCAUAAAAUCCAAAGACGGCUCAUUUCUCAUGUCAAAAUAUCUCAUGGAUGUUGAGAUAAAAGAUCCAAUCGUCAUCAUUCCAGCUUCGACGACGCACAAUUUUGGGUUUCGUGGGGAUGUCAGAAACAUAAAAAUUCGCAACGAGUUCAAAACAAUCGCAACUACUGGCCACAAAUUCCAUCCUUUGUUCAACAAAAUGACCAUAGAUAUCGAAGAUCUCUGCCUCUAUAAUAUGCCGAAUUACAACGCUAGUUCGACGAAGCUGUCCUCAAUACCGAUCUUGGACGAAUCACUUACAAUCUUUGUCGAAUCAAGCGCAGGCUGGGAAUUUUACAAAGAGGUUCCUGGUUUAAUUAUUGAUAUUGACAUUGAAAAUGCAACUGCUCAUCUUAAUCAAGAAGAUAUGGUUGCACUCUGGUGCGUCUUGAAUGGAAACAUCUGGAUACGUUACGAUCCUAAGCUGGAGGAGCAGAUUGAAUUGAAUACCAGACGAACAGGCAGAUUUUUGUCCAUGUUGCAGCCAGAAGAAACAUCACUUGAUGAUUCUUCCUCUAUCCAAGAAGACUCAUUCGAGGAACAGGAAGUUCACAUUGAUAUGAUCGCUAAUGUUAACAUCAAAACACUUGCGGCGAAAGUCUAUGUCAAAGAAGAACUCUACUCAAGCUUUAUUGCUCAGGAUAUCAGCGUUGUUUUCACCUCGAAAACUAAUCUCAUAACAUACCAAGACAUAAUCAUCCAAGAUAUUCUCCUUUACGACGAGCGAGAAGAAAACAAGAAUAUAAGUGGCGAGUCGAACUGCCUUCUCCAGAAACAAGAAGAUAUUCCCGAUCCUGUGAUCACGCUCAAAGUCCAAAACUUUACAAAGCCAGCGAAGCAGAUCACCGAUAUGGACGUAAAAUCUAUGCGAAUGGUUUUGAUCAUGGACUUUAUUCUCACGCUGAAAACAAUCUUCGCCGACACAAUAUAUGAGCCGGUCGUUAUGGAAUGCACGCCUAAGACACAGAACUUAGAUGUGCACCAAAUCCACGCUCAUAUGCAAUUUCAAGCGAAGAUGGAUCGGCCGCAUAUUAUUCUUAUGUCUGAUUUGAAAAAUGCACAAGAUUCUUCUUGUAUUAAGAUGAGCGCAGACUUGAGAGUCGUCUAUAUCGCCAGUUUGACCGAACAGAACUUGGACGUCUGUAUUGACCAGCCGCAGAUCUAUUCAGUGUCCUUCAAGAACUCUUUUGGAAACGACGAGGUCUACUUUGGGCAUAAAAUUCUGAACUCAGAGGUGAACAUCGCUUUCAAUCAACUGACAUCCCCGAGAUCGAACAUGAUAAACAUCAAAUGUCCAGAACUAGACAUCACUUUCAAUCCGGAAGCUGUCAAUACCCUUUUUCUAUCAUAUCAAGUUGCAAUGGGCCCACAAGAAGAGCCCCCGGAACCUGAGAAGAAAAAGAUCUGCCUGGACGUCCAGCAAACUAUAGAUCCCAAGGAGCUUUGGUUUGUUCCGAAUGCACUCGGAAGUGACGUCGAUUCCGACCUUUCUCUUGAGAUUGAACGAAUGCGCAGAGAAGAAACUAUUGACGAGAUGUUCACUGUGGUCAUCCCUGAUCUUACCAUUCGCCUUGAAUCACUCAUGAGCUCCUCCAUGGGAGUCGCAGAGAGUCAAGUUGUCCCCUUGCUCGUUCUGAACUCGUCGCUCGACACCGAAAUUCGCAAUUGGAGCUCAGAAAUGUUCGCUGAUAUUUCUAUGAAACUUGAUGCAGAAAUUUAUCAUGAGUCUCGCCCUGGUUACGAGCCAUUUAUUGAGCAAGCGGAGUCUAAUUUAAACCUUCCAGAUUCCAAACUUGUUCCGUUUGGUGUGAAGCUCAAGUACAAGACAUCAACAUCGUCUGAGCGAACUUACCUUCCCGACGAUGAUGAUGGGUUUGCACAUGUCGAAAAUAAUGCAAAACAGAAGCUCGUGAUCUCUUCCGACGUUCCCCUCAACAUGAAUGUCUCGUCAGAAGGAGUCGAUGUACUAAACCAUCUUGCCACUGUGUAUGGCCACAGUCUCUCAGACGCAGCGAAAGGAACGUUAGCAGAUGUACCGAAAAAGCGACGAACAAAGCUUCAUAACUCGGAAGUAAAGGCCCCUAUCAUUGUAAUCAACGAGACUGGAAAUGAUCUUAUUUUAUCGACGAAGGACUGGAUUGAAUUUGACCCAAAUCAAGCAAAGACAGAUAUUCGACGCAACUCACUCACGCGAAUAAAGGGAAAGAAACCGACUGACAUCAAGCUUCAUCCUGUUCCUCGAGGAUCUCCUCGACCGGAAAUGAUGAGUUUCAGCAUCCCAAGCUCGACUCCACGAUACUUUCAAUUUGGAAGGCAUAUCCAUGUUCGGUCUCUUUCCGCUUACAUGAUUGGAUUGUCCCCAGUAGGCUUUUCUCAUAGACAAAUAGACGUUUCCUCGCUCCAGGAAAACGCAUACAUCUUUGUGGCCAACAACAACCCAGCUUUCAAGGUUAUUUUGGUCGUGAAAGUAGAGGGCGUCACUGGUGCAAGGAAAAUCACCAUUCAGACCUCUGUUACCAUCAGUAACGAGAUUCCCUUUCCUUUGGAGCUUAUAAAUGGUGCACAAGCUCGGUGGCAAGUGAACGACGAGACAAGAAGUGCUCCAAUGCCAAUCCGAAUGAUGAACAGCGCAUGCAUUUUCGACGUGACAUUCGCGGACCCAGAUGUUAGCGUCGCCGACAAUCCGAUCGUCUACUCAACUAAAACUUCAUUUUCUACUCGUCUACAACUGUCAGUAAAGCACGAAUCAACAAUCCAUCACAUGACAGCACAAGUAAAGAUGAUUCCCUACAAGCGAUCAUCUCUAUACAAAGUUCACAUCCGCUUCUGUCCGGUAUUCUCUCUCACAAACUGGCUUCCUUAUCCGAUAUCUUGUACGGUAAAUUCUAAAUUCCAAAAAGAAAAAAAUGUUAUCAUCGAUUCUGGCCGGCUUAUGCCAUUCAUGUCAUGGAGCCAAGAUUGCGCGAUAGUGAUAGAAUUCGCUGUGCGAAACUCUGGAAUCAAGUACACUUCAGAAAAAUACGUCUUGCCGAGAUCGAUCGACAAACGAGAGACCUCUGUAUUCAAGUUUAGCCGCUUAGAUCCUUCAGGGACGACGAAAGAAUGUUUGCUCAAGAAACAGAUAACGAUCGACGCUCAUGAGCAUAAAAUGGAAGUUUUUGCGCCUUACUGGAUAAUCAACGCGACAGAUUUGGAUCUGGAACUUCGACCAGUAAAUAAUAUCGGCAGAGAUAGCGAUGUUCUAAAGCAGCUUCAUUGUGACCCGCUUAUGAUUCUCCCGACAAAGCAUAACGAGAUGAACAUCUCUGUGUUGAAGUCUAACAAGUCUAAUAAAACCCAUAUAAACACAAUCGGUCACAUGGGUACGGUUUUCUGUCCUCCUUCUAAUCAGGACAGACAGAGUUAUCUCCUUGGCAUCAAAAUCGAGCAGACCUCUUUCGCGCUCACUACCCUCGUCAAACUCACGCCCUUCUACUAUCUUGUCAAUCGAACAGAUGAAGAAUUGGAAGUGAGGGAGGUCUUUGAAGGCAUGAUUGAACUAGAUCGCAAGUCUCAAUGGAUUCCGCUGGAUCCUACGAGCAAAAUUCCCUUCUGGCCUCUUGAUUCUCGCUACUCAAAAUUACUCGUUCGCAAAGCCAGGAGUCAGUUCAUCUCUGAGAAGAUAUCUUACCACUCGCAAGACCAGGGUAUUCUUCUCAACAUGGGCGACGUAGAAGGCCUUUACUCAGAAGUGUCUCACAAUGACAACGAAUGUUUAAUUACCUUCACUUCCUACUUCAAAGGUGCCGCUGCAUUCGACAUCAUCAAUCUAACCGGUUUCGCGAUUCAUUACAAGCAAGAAACUCCUUUGUCUAAAUAUGCCCAUUUGUAUCCUGCUCAUCGCAUACUUUACACCUGGAGAUAUCCAAGUGAAUCGAAGAGUCUUGAGCUACGGAUCGAUGGCAAAGAGGCAGCAAAAUGCUCCAUUCGAGAAACUGGUCAGGAUGCAAUGAUAGUAAGAACGUUGCGCAUUUCUGGCGCUCAAAUCUUUGUCAUCCCUGUAUUCAUUGGCACCCAAAGAACGGUUGUCAUCACGCAAGAUCAAUUCCACAAAAAUCGUCUGCUUCAUGUUGACAAGCAAGUAAUCGAGAAAGAAAACCAAAUUCAGCUUCGAGGUAUUGGACUUUCUCUGGUCGAUUCGAUAAGACGAGAAGAAGUCGCUUUUAUUUCGAUAAAAGGCACAGGCGGUAUUUGGUACCAGCAACGAGAGGGCUCGCGAAAGUGGAGAGAAUGCUCUCCUGAGCUCACCUGGGAGCUUGAAUCACGAUGGCGCCAAAACUCGAAAACUCGGAGAAGCAAUUCAAGAUCGGACGGUUUUAGAUGUGGAAACUACCAGGUAGAUCUUGGACAACAAACGAUGGUCUGCAAUGGCAAAAACUGGACUCUCAAUAGAUCCGAACGGCAAGCCGUUGAUAUUCGAUAUUUAGAGACUGAGAGUUCUUCAAGUCUUGAACUAUCGUUACAGUCUGUCCAAAUCGAUAACACAUCGCCAGCUCCGAAAUGGCCAGUAGUCUUUGCUAGAGUCCCACCUAAACAAAGCGUUGCGGCAGUAGAAGUCGCCGAUAAUGUUGCUAUGGUUUACGUAAGCAUCGUCAAGGAUAAAUCACAUGAUUCCAACAUCACAAAGUACAAGAUGUUUCACGUUUUGCUCCAAGAAUGUUUCCUACAGGUGGAAGUCGACUUUGUCGCCAAAGUCCUCCAAGCUUUUGCAGAAAAUUCCAAGCGCGGAAAGAAACGGAAAACGGAAAGUUUCCGUUUAUUCAUGGAAGACCUCGAUUACGCUACGAAUCCUGUUUCUGCAGAGAAGAUCGUCGCUUCUUCUAUUUCAUUCUUCGAACACAUGCAUCUUUCUCCCAUUCGAAUGCAUUUCCGAUUCUCUCUCCAAUACGGCGCUGAGGAAAACAUCUUGGAAGAUCUCAAUUUGCUCCACAAACUGCAAAAUCUUGGAGUCGGGCAAGUUGCAAAGGGAGAUGUUUCCCUACAGCUGAGUUUCUUCCAGACUGAAUAUGAAUACUUUUCCGAUAACAUUAUCCGCGAACGCAUCCUUGCUCACUAUCGCUUUCAAAUCAUCCAGCAGCUCUACAAAUUCCUUCUUGGCAUUGAGCUUUUAGGAAAUCCAGCCAAAGUCGCAGUUGACAUGUUCUCAGGCGUCAAGGACUUCUUCUACGAGCCUUACCAAGGAAUCACUCAAUCUGGAGAGGCAUUUAUCGAAGGUAUCGGCUCAGGAACGUCAAAGCUGUUUUCUGGUGUCGUCGGCGGAGUUACUGGAGGCUUUAGUCGGCUUACUCACAGCAUUGGCUCUGUCUCAGCAGCCGUUACAUUCGACAAAGAAUAUCAGAAUAAAAGAACGGCCGAUAAUGUCAAUAACGUCAAAGGCGUGAAAGAAGGCGUAGCAAGAGCUGGAGAAAAGUUUUUCGGAGGAUUAUUCGGUGGCAUCGCCGGUGUUGUUGAGAAACCCAUCUCUGGGGCUCGACAAGAAGGCGCUGCUGGCUUUUUCAAGGGCGUUGGUAAAGGUGUAACUGGCCUCGUCGCCAAGCCACUCACUGGAAUUGUUGAUGCAGCGUCUACCACCCUGGCCGGAGUCCAUAGCCAGCUGGAGACCAAAGUCCAAGUCGACAGGAUCCGAUAUCCACGAGUUGUCGAUGAAGGAAGGCUUCAGCCUUAUCGACGCAGAUUAGCCUACGCCCAACACUGUCUACGCUCACUUCAAGAUGAAGAAAUUGCACUUGAAACUCCACUUGGCCUUGGUUACAGCGAUAAUGAACGAAUAAUUAUUGUCGUUACGUCGAAAUCGAUUUGUGUGAUUGACACAAGAACGACUACCGGACGAUUGAAGGCUGAAUUCACCCAGGAUGUCGCCAACGCUAAUAUUAUCUACUCUGGAGAUCGAGGACAAGCAAUAAUCCAGAUUCGAGAUCGUCAAGGGCAAAUACGCAUGAUUAAAGUCAGGGCGCUUGCUGAUCUUGAGCAUUUAAAACGAGCCAUUUCAAAGAACAAAGAGAUUUCUGCCCGCCAAGAGUUCGACACGAUGUUUUGA